AUGACAAAAGGUUGUUAUACUUGUCGACGACGUCGCAUCAUUUGCGACAAUGGCCAGCCCACCUGUCGGAAAUGUCGAGAUGCGGGGAAAGAAUGCUUGGGGUACCAAAAACCGCUGGUUUGGGUCAAGGGUGGUGUGGCUAGUCGAGGAAAGAUGAUGGGGCGCAGCUUUGAGGAUGUGGGAAAACCUUCAAGCAAGCCAACAAGCCAGGAAGCUACUGUGAUGCACGAUUCUACUGCGGCGAGCGGUGGAUUCGGCCUUGUCGCUGAAUCCUCCUCCGAUACCGAAUGGCACAGUUCAGGGAACCAGCUUAGUCCAGAGACCGAUGCCUGGGCCUUCGAAGCGGAAACGCCAUUGAUGGAGACGGUAUCUGCGCAGAUGGAAUUCAACCCACCCGAGGAACAGGACACCGCAGUUAUUCACAUUCCUCGAGCCACUCCCGCUCAACACACCGACUAUACUCCAACACCAUGGGGACUGGUUGAUCCACUUCUUAAAGAUCUCAGCCAAUUCUCGAGGUACUACAUACAUCACUCUGGUAAAGAUAACCAAUAUAUGGUCAACGACUUUGCACUGUACUCUCAACACAAGAAUCCCUUUCGAGAUCUUACCGCACUGGUCAACCAGGCUCCGGUUCUCGCCAAUGGCAUCACCGCGCUUGGAGCUCUUCAUUGCUCCCUUUUAUCUGACUCAGACUCGUCCGUCCUUCCAUGGUCAUCCGGCAACCUAGCCUUGGAGGAUUCAAACUUGUCGGCAGAGGAGAUCGAAGGCAUUGUUGCGCCGGCAAGUAAUCGGAAUCCCACCUCGCAGGCAUAUCAGCAUUUUUUGGAGUUCAAGCAGCGUGCCCUUCGCCAAUUGUCUGUCGAUCUUCAAAAUCCUGCCAUGCAGAACGAUGGCAGGACUCUAGCCGCUAUAGUCUUGCUUGCAUUCCUAGACCUGAUUGAAUCCGGCAGCGGCGCCUGGAGUUAUCAUAUCGAGGGCGCGAAGAAGCUCCUCAAAAGCCGACCUGAAAAGACCAUGGGUUCAGGAAUACUCGACGAUCUGGAUGCCUUUGCCCUCGACGGAUGUAUAAUAAUGGAAAUCAUGGGCUCAACACUAGCACGUCCAGGCGCGCUCUCCAAGCCCUUCUACUCCACAUCCAUGGACCCAUCGAUCCUAAAACGCCUCGAAGAAAACUCCUGGGUCGGCUGUCCCGCCUAUCUCCUCGAAGUAAUCUUCUACGUCCACGCCCUCUGGUAUCCAGACUCCGAAGUCUUACCCACCAUCCCCCAACCGACCAUCAACCCAACCCCAAUCCACCCAGGCCAAUCCCUGACCCUCCACUCCUUCAGCAGCCUCCUGCAAGGAAUCCGCAACUUCGACCCAAUAUCCUGGAGCCAAGAAAUGCAAAAGGUCUACUUCAUUCCAACCCUCGAAUACCGCCUCGCCCUAGCAACCUCCUACCAAGACGCCGUCUACCUCUACACAAGCCGCGUCCUCUCCCGUCCAAGAAAGGGCUUCUCACCCCCCUGGACAGACGUCGGCCUUCCCCCCGACCACAGACUCAUCGCGACAAACCUCAUCGCCCAGAUCUGUCUCAUCCCGCCCUCAGACCCGCACUUCAAGUGUCUUAUUUGGCCUACUUUCAUCGCUGGUGCGGAGUGUCGUCCCUCGCAGCGCGCUUUGAUUCUUGAGAAGCUUGGUGAGCUCUAUGAGGCUCUGACUAGUGUCAAUGUGCGUAAUGCUGCCUGGGUUCUGCGCUUGAUGUGGAAGAAGCAGGAUUUGAAACGAAGUGAACGUGGAGAAGUUCCUAAUGAACAGACUAAAAGGGGCUGUGAUAAUGAUGAUUAUGAUGUUGAGUUCGAUUGGAUUGAGGAGUUGGAUCAUUCGCGGCUUGACUGGUUGUUUAUUUGA